GGAUCAGCCUCUCCCCAGGCUCCUGGGACCAUGGGCCUCACGCCCUGAGGACGUGGGCCUCCCUGUGGCAAUGACGACGGGCGACUGCUGCCACCUUCCUGGCUCCCUGUGUGACUGCUCCAGCAGCCCCGCCUUCUCCAAGGUCCUGGAGGCCACGGGCCUGGGACCACCCCAGUACGUGGCGCAGGUGACUUCAAGGGAUGGCCGGCUCCUCUCGACUGUCAUCCGGGCCUUGGACACAACAAGUGAUGGUCCCUUCUGCCGGAUCUGCCAUGAGGGAGCCAAUGGGGAGAGCUUGUUGUCUCCGUGUGGCUGCGCUGGCACGCUGGGCGCCGUGCACAAGAGCUGUCUGGAGAGGUGGCUCUCCUCAUCCAACACUAGCUACUGUGAGCUGUGCCACACGGAGUUUGCGGUGGAGAAGCGGCCCCGGCCCCUCACAGAGUGGCUGAAGGACCCGGGGCCGAGGACGGAGAAGCGGACACUGUGCUGUGACAUGGUAUGCUUCCUGUUCAUCACGCCGCUGGCCGCCAUCUCGGGCUGGCUGUGCCUGCGGGGAGCCCAGGACCACCUCCGGCUUCACAGCCGGCUGGAAGCUGUGGGGCUCAUUGCCCUCACCAUCGCCCUUUUCACCAUCUAUGUCCUCUGGACACUGGUCUCCUUCCGCUACCAUUGCCAGCUGUACUCCGAAUGGAGAAGGACCAACCAGAAAGUCUGCCUGAAGCUCCGGGAUGCAGAGGGCUUCGAGGGUGCCCAGCACUCCCCCCUUGCAGCUGGACUCCUGAAGAAGGUGGCCGAGGAGACGCCCGUGUGACGGCCCAGCUGGUGGAGUCCUGCAGCGGGGAGGGCAGAGGCAGCUGGGGAUGCCUUGGCGUCCAGAAGGACGGAAAUGCCCGUCCAAUCCCACACAGCCAGAACGCUUCUUAGGCCACAAGACG